GUGAGUGAAAAAGUAGGAGGUGCAGAAGGAACCAAGCUAGAUGAUGACUUCAAAGAAAUGGAAAGGAAAGUGGAUGUUACCAGCAGGGCAGUUAUGGAGAUAAUGGCAAAGACAAUAGAGUAUCUUCAGCCCAAUCCAGCUUCCAGAGCUAAACUCAGCAUGAUCAACACUAUGUCAAAAAUUCGAGGCCAGGAGAAGGGACCAGGUUAUCCUCAGGCUGAAGCCUUGCUGGCAGAUGCGAUGCUGAAAUUUGGACGAGAGCUUGGAGAAGAAUGCAAUUUUGGACCAGCACUUGCAGAUGUCGGAGAAGCUAUGAAGGAGCUUUCUGAGGUCAAGGACUCUCUUGACAUGGAAGUGAAACAAAACUUCAUUGACCCACUUCAGAAUCUCCAUGACAAAGAUCUUAGAGAAAUACAGCAUCACCUAAAGAAAAUGGAGGGUCGACGCCUAGAUUUCGAUUACAAGAAGAAAAGACAGGGCAAGCUCCCUGAUGAAGAACUUCGCCAGGCUCUGGAGAAAUUUGAUGAAUCAAAAGAAAUUGCUGAGUCAAGCAUGUUCAACCUUUUGGAGAUGGAUAUUGAACAAGUGAGCCAGCUUUCUGCUCUUGUACAAGCCCAGCUGGAGUACCACAAGCAGGCCACACAGAUCCUACAGCGAGUUACUUCUAAGCUGGAAGAUAGAAUAAAAGAGGCAUCAUCUCAGCCCAGGAGAGAAUACCAACCCAAACCCCGUAUGAGCCUGGAGUUCACAACUGGUGAUAAUACUCAGCACAAUGGAGGAAUAUCCCAUGCCACUACACCUAAACCAUCAGGUGUUCACAUGGAUCAGCCAUGCUGCCGAGCUCUGUAUGACUUUGAACCAGAAAACGAAGGGGAGCUGGGAUUUAAAGAGGGUGAUAUCAUUACCCUCACUAACCAGAUUGAUGAAAACUGGUAUGAGGGGAUGCUUCAUGGCCAGUCAGGUUUCUUCCCCAUCAAUUAUGUUGAUAUUCUAGUUCCAUUGCCCAAUUAGGAUGGCUGAUCCACUACUUGCGACCCAGAUAGUUGUGCAGUACCACUGCUUUAAAAAUGCUGCUUCUUACACCUUACAAGUGAAAACUGCAGUGGUUAGAGUUACUGAUUCCCACUGAGCAUCGUUGGUUUGUGUGUUGUCAUACUACAUGGUGGUGAUGCGUGGUAUCUUCUGAGCCAGCAUAGUGUGGGUUAGUUUAUUGGCCAUGCUGGCCUGGUGGUAACCAGAGACAUUAUGGAGUUGAACCUGGUAAGAUGAUGGCAAAACGGGUAACUCAUAGUGAGGUAGCAGGAAGUUUUGGGAAGAUAAUGCCUAUCACCAUUGUAU